GAGUCCCUUACACAAUUUCAGUUGCCACGAUGAGGAGUCCCGAAAAGACUGUUCUUUGCACGAUUUGUCUUCUGAUACUUUCGAAAUCAUAUGCAGAUCAUGGCUGGAAGCCCAGGAAGGAACACAUGUUCGCGUUGGACGGACGGACCGUGGCGGGCAUUCCGAGCCUGGGGCAACAGCAGCAUUCUGGCAUCCGGUAUCGAGGCAUUCUUCGCGUGCAAACGGAUACCAGCGGCCUCUUCCUCAAGCUUCAAAAUAUGACUUACACGAAGCUGCACGAGAAUCUGCCCGAAGGAUGGUGGUCGAACACAGACAAUGCCCGGGAGAAUUUCAGGGAACUGCCCAUCACAAGUUCAACCAUCGCCGUCAGACUGAGCAGACAAGGGGUGGAGACAGUGUCAUUUAAAACUGGUCUGGACGACUGGGAGAUGAAUUUAAUUCAAGGAAUUGUGAACCAAUUACAAAUCGAUUUAAAGUUUUUAAAAAGGGGCCAGAAAGGAAAAAGGAAUCAAAUUAAUGCUUCGUACAAAAUGAUGGAGAACUCUGUGUUCGGGAGAUGCGAGGUUCUGUAUGAAGUGACCCGAAUCCCAAGAUCCGUUGCUUUAGCUCGUGCCGAAUGGUUCCCAUCAGCAGAUAUAUGUGGCAACAUGAACUUCGUUGAAAUAUUCAGGACACGAAACUUAACAAACUGUGAAUACAGUGCCGAGUUUCAUUUCGGGCUUCCAAAGUCCAAGGAAUGUCACCCGGGGGGCAACAUGUGUCAAGAUUUCUGGAAAAGAGUGUCAAUAACGAGGUUGUCCGGAUGUGGCGAUCAGAACGACUUCAGAAUACUUCAAACGGAAACCAACUCGAGAGUAUUAGUAAACCUGCACUUACACGGAGAGAGUGAAGCAUCUGUCAGCUCAUACAUUACGAUGAACCUCAUUUCUAUGAAGGAAACUUCACGUCGCUUCAGUCCCCCAGCCGACCCCAUUGUUUCAAAUGAGCUCAAAUUCAAAUUCACACACGCGAAUGGCCACAAGGAUACAUGUCCUUUACUUGAAGAGAUGGAAAAGUAUUAUCCGAGAUAUACAGAAGAAACAACAAAUAUAACUCCAUCAGCAAGCACAAAUAAAGGAGCAACAAAUGAUAUUCCAACAUCCAUGAACGCAACAAAUCUAAACACCACUCAACCGGAGGUUUCGAACAAAGAAAGAAAUCAAUGGGAACUUGGGCUGCUGGGAUUACACAACCCUCCACACCAACCUUUAAUUCCGAACGCUUUAGGGCUCCAAGGAUCCGAGAGAAGUUUCCAACAAAUACAAAAACUAAAAGAAACAAUUACUGAUGUAGCUACAGAUUUUGAAGAGUCUACAUUGAUUCAUGAGAAGAUGACUUUGGAGAAGGUGUUGGUAGCUGUACGAAUUUGUCGUACAAUGACACUGUUUGACUUGAAAAGGGCGGUUUCGAGUGUGAAUUUCCAACCACAGAACAACAAACAGCAGCUUACAGAAAGUAAGGUGUAUCGCGAUGUUAUGGUCAUGUGUGGAACCAACCCUGCUUUCCAUAUACUCAGAACGUGGAUUGAGCAGAAGGACCUCAGAGGAGAAGAAGCUAAUCAAGUAAUGGUCACAAUGCCGGCACAUCUACAAACUCCAGGCCCGGAUAUUGUCAGGCAGUUCUAUGAUAUGAUCCAAAGUAUGGCAGUUCGUGAGGACCCACAGUUGAAGACUACGUCUAUCCUUGCCUUUUCCCACCUCCUACGCAUCGCCUGCGUAGACUCCAGGUCCCGUUAUGCCCAGUACACGGACGAAACAUUCGACGCCACCUGCGAGAGGCACCAUGCUUCAGAAUACAUCUCGUGGUUUACUAGCAUGCUGCGGUCAGACGCUUCUCUGCGACGGGUGUACGUAGCUGCCCUGGGGAACACGGGGGCUGUCGCGGCACUCGGUCCUCUCAAAGCUUUUGCAGAAGAUGCUACUAUCACCCCAUACCUGCGAGCCACCGCAAUCCUGGCAAUGAAGUAUCAAGCGCUGAGCUUUCCGGAGCAAACUUCGAAGAUCCUGUUCUCCUUGUACCACGACGUCGGGCAGCCCGUUGCAGUGAGGGUGGCUGCUGUGUCGCUUCUGUUCUACACCAGACCACAACUCGUGUUGCUGCAGCGCAUUGCAGUUCUAACUUGGUACGACCCGAGUCUCGCAGUGGCUGCCUUCGUUCGCAGUUCCCUCGUAUCGCUGGCGAACUUAAAGGACCCUCUCCUUUCAGUGUUAUCCAGGUAUGCGAGAAUGGUACUGUCACUUGUAAACCCUGUACCACUCGGACUGCACAAAUCCCACAACGUCAUGUGGUCCACGGUGAGUGGUAGUUUGCAGGAAAUCGUCUUCAACCAACUGUUGCAUGAAACGAGUCUGGACGCCACCAAUUUCUAUUACCGCUACACACAUCGCCUUGAAGGAGUGUCUCGAGUGGCGUUCCAGGGAGACUUGUUCGUGUCUAAUCCGGAUCAAUUCCUGACACUGCUCCGAGAGUUGAUACACCCUAGGCCUGACACGUUACAAGCCAGACCGGCCAUUGAGAACAUCGAGAGGCACACCAGCUGGCUACGAAAAAAUCUCAAUAUUGCUCAAAGAACUCUGCCCAAGUUUGAAGGAGAUUUCCGUAUACAGUUUGGUAAACUUAUGGAACGUAUAUUCCCUUUCGACAAGAAAUUACUAGUCGAAUUAUCUAAAGCUGGAAGAAACCUGGUAGAGCAGAUGAAGACCGGGAAAGACUUCCAUUAUCAGAAGAUAGACAAAACUACAAUAAGGACAGCUGUCGUUACUGAACUUGGGUUUCCUAUCAAUUUCGACCUGUCGGUCCCAUGGGCAUUUCGACUCGUGGGCAACGCCAAAAUGGAUGUUGAAAACAAAGUGUUGGAAAUGCAUAUAGACAUGACGUAUACAUCUCACCUUCUCUCUGAACUGUGUUUCUACACCACAUGGGAUGAAACAGUGCACAUGGCAGCAUCUCACGGUGUGAGCGUCUUUCGACUGCCACCUCUAACGUUAACGGCAGUCAUUUACAAGAACGACAUCAUGCAAAUGGCUGCUAAAAUUGAUGAAGCACAUGAUAACAGUUUAAUAUUUCACCACUCAAGUAAACCUUUCACGUCUCAACACGGCAUUUUCGACUCUACGACAGCUACAAGGAAGAGAUCGGAGUCGGUUAUCCACGCAAAGAGAACUACACAGAAAUUGAGGUCAGUGAUACCAAAUAUAAACAUUAACUACACGACAGAAGGACCAAAUGUUUCGCCUCUUGCGUGGCUCAAGAAUGGAAUUAACAUCCAAGGACAUUUGAUGAUGUGGCCUUCGCUUGAAGCCAGCUCAAUUUCAGUUGAACUCGACGGUCUGAAUUCAAUAAAUUUUGAUCUCGGUUUGAGGAAAAUGCCUGGCUACGAGAACUUCGUGCCUGCUGAGGAGCAGGUCAACACCGCCCCGAAUGAGUCCGAUACAGAGUUCUUGGGGCAGCAGAAUGUGUCGAGUGCAACAACCUCGCUGGACCAGGUCACAACAACAGAACGCUCAUUCUCGUUCGAAGAUAGCACACCGACUUUCAGUCAAAACAACGCGACAACUGACAACAUCGAGACGAUUGCCUUCUAUGACACGGCGACAACCGAUGCAACUUCAAAUUUCAAAGCGGAAACCGAAGCAAACACAGCGCAAAUACCUGCAGACAAAAACACUUCACAUACCAGAAUCACUGACAUGAAUGGCAUGGAGCACAGUCAUCACUCUUUCAACGCCUCGUAUAUAAAUCCUUUCUCCACGCAAGUGAAAGGAAAUCCUUUCAGAUACUUACUUGCGCAAACGAUAGAUGAAAUUCACAGUGACAAUGCCUAUGUGGUGGAUAUAAACAUGAGAGUAAAUGGCACCGAGUCCAAGACCUUCACAACAUUCUGGACGUACGCCGCUGGAUACAAUGGCGGAGUUCAUCGCUUUGGGUUCUUUCUCACAGAAGCAGCUCGGCAGAUUCGCUUCACAUCUACCCUCAUUGCAUCAGCCACCCCAGUGAUGAACCUGAAAGACAUCAUCCGAUCCAACACCACAGCCUCCAUUCACGCAGACAUGGUUUACAACGACGACGGAAGAGAGUGCCAACUGUCGCUCAAGACAGUGAUGGGGCACAGCACGAUGAAAGCAGAAUCUCUCGAGGAGGAGCACCUCACAGACAAGUGCAUAGACAAUUACGAGGGGCCAAAAACUGAUAUCGACCCUAGAUGCUUGCAAGCAGUAAUGGAAGCGAUGUUCAUGGACAGAUACGAUGUGACGGUAACCUACAACGACGAGAGCAAAAGUUUCGGUCCUGUCGUGAAUCAGUACUACGACUACCUACGUUAUUCAAUGUGGCCCUACGCCACAGACGACAUCGAAGAUCCAACGCAAGAAUUUGCACCCGCAAACACCAUCACAGCUGUUCUAGAGAUAUCUCCAAGAUUAGACAACGUCAACGCCUGGAUUCGAACUCCAUCCAGGAAGACUGACUUUUCUAAUAUUCCUGUGAACCCAAUGAUGACAAACAUUCUUCGCUACAAUCCUGCUGUCAGCUACGCGAGGCGCAUAAGAGGAGAAUCAUACUGUGGCCACGGAGGAAGCAAGUUCUUAACUUUUGACGGAGUGGAAUUCGACUACAACUUGACAUCCUGCUGGCACCUACUCUCCAAGGACUGCUCGGGCCACAGCCGUAUUGCCAUUCUCACUAGACCCGACGAGAACAAUGAAACGGAAGUUGAAGUGAACUUAGACAACUAUCAGAUUGUGCAUUUGAGCCCAGGACUCAACGUGUCAGUGAACGGUCAGGGCCUGCAGCUGGCAGAAAAUACGGUAGUCGAGAUCACAGAUGAAGCGGGAACCGUUCUGCUGCAGUUUGAGGCCGCUGAAACACCCGAGCGCCUCAUCAGUGUGAACAUGCCUGCCCACGGAUUCCGAAUUAUUUACACUGGUUCCUCAACCCUAAUAAUGGUUAGUUUAAACUAGUUGUAAUCAGAAUACGGUCUCCACGCUGUUAAGUUUUUCCUACGCCACCUCAAUUUGUAU